UCAGGAUUUAUGUAAUAUAAUAUUUAGAUCAUAAAUUGAUAAUAAUGUGCAUGUUCAGCUGGCAACACUGGCUGUCAAUCAAUUUAAAUAGAUUUAUUCCACCGGGUCCCGAGUCAGUUUGGCUUGGAUCGUCGUACGAACUGGCCGAAAGUUUCGCUAGCUUUCUGAAAGUAUAAAUUUUCCAGAAAAAAACUCAUCAAGUCCACGUGUAAAAGGAAAGAAGAAAAAAAUGUCCACCGAUCAUCGCAGCUGUCCGAUGAAUGGCCACGCGAAUGGCGAUGCCACUGAAACGAACGGUUGUCCUGAGACGACGGCAGCGCCGACGGAAACACGAGAAGAAUUUUUGGCCAAAUUCAAGCGUCCGGAUCUACCGUCUCGUUGCACCUGGACGGUUGGAACGAACGAGACGAGCCCACACCACCAUGAUGAGCUCGUUCCUCGCCCGAAAGUGAUGGAAACGAUUCUGCAAGCCGUCGGAAACACACCGCUGGUCAAGCUGAAUAAAAUCCAAAAAUCGGCCGGCCUGAAGUGUAAUCUCUAUGCCAAGUGCGAAUUUCUUAGCCCGGGAGGAUCAGUUAAGGAUCGCAUUGGACUGCGCAUGAUCGAGGAAGCCGAACGACGGGGUCUGAUGAAGCCGGGCUGUACCAUCAUUGAACCGACUUCGGGAAACACCGGAAUUGGGCUGGCUAUGGGCGCUGCCGUCAAAGGGUACAAAUGUCUGAUCGUUAUGCCGGAGAAGAUGUCCAACGAAAAGGUGGACACGCUGAAGGCUCUCGGUGCCAAGGUGAUCCGCACACCAACCGAGGCGGCCUUCGAUUCACCGGAAGGACUGAUAGCUGUUGCCCAGCGGCUGCAACGGGAAAUCCCCAAUUCGAUCGUGUUGAAUCAGUACACUAAUGCCGGUAAUCCGUUGGCUCACUACGACGGAACGGGAACGGAAAUUUUGGAUCAGUUAGAAGGUAACGUAGACAUGGUUGUUGUCGGUGCAGGGACAGGCGGAACCGUCGCUGGUAUUGGUAGAAAAAUCAAGGAGGCUAAUCCCAAUUGCGAGAUUGUCGGGGCUGAUCCGAAGGGAUCCAUUCUGGCGCAACCGGAGGAAUUGAACAAAUCAGACGUAUCCUUCUACGAAGUAGAAGGAGUAGGAUAUGACUUUAUACCGACCGUUUUGGACCGUAGCGUUGUGGAUCGCUGGGUUAAGUUCAAUGACAAAGCCGCUCUACCGAUGGCUCGUCGGUUGAUUGCCGAGGAAGGCCUGCUCUGUGGAGGAAGCAGCGGUGGCAACGUCGCAUGUGCUCUGGAAGCUGCGAAAAACCUCGAAGAAGGACAAAAUUGCGUGGUCAUACUGCCGGACAACAUUCGCAACUACCUGACGAAGUUCGUUUCGGACAAUUGGAUGGAGGCCCGAAAGUUUAAAACCUCCGAAAAUGAGCACAAUCAUAAGUGGUGGGAUAACGCAAUUUCCACGAUCCCUUUCCCAAGCCCAGAGAUGGUCGACCCAACGGUGUCGAUUCAAGAUGCGAUCAUGAUAAUGAAUCGCGAAAACAUCAACCAGCUGCCGGUUAUCGAUCAAGACGGCACGAUCAAGGGUGCGGUCUAUUUACCGAAUUUACUUAGCAAAAUGUUGAAUCGCUUGGUCACUCCAAAGGAUACCGUAUCGAAAGCAAUCUUCAAACUAUUCGUCAAGAUCGAUCGGCAGGACAGCAUUGGACUUGCGUCGCGUAUCCUAGAGAAGGAUCCUUUCGUGAUGGUUGUGCAGCAGGAAAAAAGACAAACGGACAAGGAGAACUUCGUUCACGUCGAAACACUGGUGGGAAUCCUAACGCAACGUGACAUGAUGCAAUACUUAGUAAAUCCAGACAGUAUGACGAACAAAGGAUCCAAGAACGGACAGGUGUUUUCGCAGAUGCCCAUGCCGGGGCCUAUAAAUUUUCCAGAAAAAAACUCAUCAAGUCCACGUGUAAAAGGAAAGAAGAAAAAAAUGUCAACAGAUCAUCGCAGCUGUCCGAUAAAUGGCCACGCGAAUGGCGAUGCCACUGAAACAAACGGUUGUCCUGAGACGAUGGCAGCGCCGACGGAAACACGAGAAGAAUUUUUGGCCAAAUUCAAGCGUCCGGAUCUACCGUCUCGUUGCACCUGGACGGUUGGAACGAACGAGACGAGCCCACACCACCAUGAUGAGCUCGUUCCUCGCCCGAAAGUGAUGGAAACGAUUCUGCAAGCCGUCGGAAACACACCGCUGGUCAAGCUGAAUAAAAUCCAAAAAUCGGCCGGCCUGAAGUGUAAUCUCUAUGCCAAGUGCGAAUUUCUUAGCCCGGGAGGAUCAGUUAAGGAUCGCAUUGGACUGCGCAUGAUCGAGGAAGCCGAACGACGGGGUCUGCUGAAGCCGGGCUGUACCAUCAUUGAACCGACUUCGGGAAACACCGGAAUUGGGCUGGCUAUGGGCGCUGCCGUCAAAGGGUACAAAUGUCUGAUCGUUAUGCCGGAGAAGAAUUCCAACGAAAAGCUGGACACGCUGAAGGCUCUCGGUGCCAAGGUGAUCCGCACACCAACGGAGGCGGCCUUCGAUUCACCGGAAGGACUGAUAGCUGUUGCCCAGCGGCUGCAACGGGAAAUCCCCAAUGCGAUCGUGCUGAAUCAGUACACUAAUCCCGGUAAUCCGUUGGCUCACUACGACGGAACGGGAACGGAAAUUUUGGAUCAGUUAGAAGGUAACGUAGACAUGGUUGUUGUCGGUGCAGGGACAGGCGGAACCGUCGCUGGUAUUGGUAGAAAAAUCAAGGAGGCUAAUCCCAAUUGCGAGAUUGUCGGGGCUGAUCCGAAGGGAUCCAUUCUGGCGCAACCGGAGGAAUUGAACAAAUCAGACGUAUCCUUCUUCGAAGUAGAAGGAGUAGGAUAUGACUUUAUACCGACCGUUUUGGACCGUAGCGUAGUGGAUCGCUGGGUUAAGUUCGAUGACAAAGCCGCUCUACCGAUGGCUCGUCGGUUGAUUGCCGAGGAAGGCCUGCUCUGUGGAGGAAGCAGCGGUGGCAACGUCGCAUGUGCUCUGGAGGCUGCGAAAAACCUCAAAGAAGGACAAAAUUGCGUGGUCAUACUGCCGGACAACAUUCGCAACUACCUGACGAAGUUCGUUUCGGACAAUUGGAUGGAGGCCCGAAAGUUUAAAACCUCCGAAAAUGAGCACAAUCAUAAGUGGUGGGAUAACGCAAUUUCCACGAUCCCUUUCCCAAGCCCAGAGAUGGUCGACCCAACGGUGUCGAUUCAAGAUGCGAUCAUGAUAAUGAAUCGCGAAAACAUCAACCAGCUGCCGGUUAUCGAUCAAGACGGCACGAUCAAGGGUGCGGUCUAUUUACCGAAUUUACUUUGCAAAAUGUUGAAUCGCUUGGUCACUCCAAAGGAUACCGUAUCGAAAGCAAUCUUCAAACUAUUCGUCAAGAUCGAUCGGCAGGACAGCAUGGGACUUGCGUCGCGUAUCCUAGAGAAGGAUCCUUUCGUGAUGGUUGUGCAGCAGGAAAAAAGACAAACGGACAAGGAGAACUUCGUUCACGUCGAAACACUGGUGGGAAUCCUAACGCAACGUGACAUGAUGCAAUACUUAGUAAAUACAGACAGUAUGACGAACAAAGGAUCCAAGAACGGACAGGUGUUUUCGCAGAUGCCCAUGCCGGGGCCUCUUUAAAUGAAAGGCAGGCCAACGAGACAUAAGGAAAACAUCUUCAGAAAAAAUAAGCUUCGAAGGUUAAGGAAUUAAAAGACUUCAACAGGAUAAAACUAUAUUGAAUUUCUUGAAUGAUUUUUAUAUUCAGAAACACAAAAAAUUCCUAAAGUUGUAGACGAAAAUAUCUUCGCGAUACUUAUGACAGUACUAACAGUUAAUUUUUCAAGUCAAACUGUAAACAUAGAAAAAAUUUUAAAUCAGUUUAGAAGAAAAUAUAAAAAUUCACCAGGAACUAUAACUCAUAUUAGAAUACUGAACUAUUGAAAUUGAUGAAAA